AUGGCAACCCAGUCAUCUGAGAACGUCGGCCUUAUGGUCAAACGAAACUCCCAGAUAUCUGAAAAAUCUGGCGAGAUGGACGGUCCACGCGAGAGCUUCCGCCAGGCGGGCGAUGGAGACUCGUUGUUCGGGCAACCCAUACGCCCGGUGACAGCUUACAGCGAAUCCUCCACUCUUAACGCUUCUUCAGGUCAGGGAUCGACUGACAGACUCCUUCCUGAACGUCCUGAACAACACGCUACCAUUGAGACCCCCAAACAUCCAGGGGAAUAUGAGGCGCAUUCAAUUCCGUACUUCUAUGGCGACCUCAAGGAGCACCACAAGCUCCUCCUUGACACCGUUAGAAGACUUCGUUUGGACGCUUCCAAGUGGUAUGCCGGUCAAACUCAUCUGAAGGGCCUCAAGAAAUUCGAAAUCGAUAUCGUUCGUUUUCGUCCGUAUUUCGAUCCAAAUGACGCCAGCCACCCCGAGAAACUCACAGAUUUAGAACGCGACUUGCUGGCUUGCAUUAUCCAGCAGUCACUCACUCCGAGAAAGGAAAAGGUCCUCAACCCAGAGAUCUUUGUCAAUAAGUCCCAGAUCGAUCUCUUGAAUGUCAUUUCGGCAUGGAACAAGAGUCAGAAAUCUGAGCCGAUGAGCCCAAGCUCCUCUUCAACCAGCCCAACCGCCCACAAAUCUCGCAAGUUCGGAUUCUUUUGA